AAAUAGGACACAACCCUGAUACACUGGAGUAGGAAAAACAUAAACUAUUCUUGUCAUCCACUUGUGAGCGAAUGAUGGAUAAGAAGUCAAGUGUCUGGAGAGGGGAAAGCAAAAACAUUUACGUUAUCAUUUUUUCUUUCCUCGUACUUCAAAACUAUCUUAAAACGUCUUUGAUUUUCUCUGAGGCCACAAGUAAUGUGCACAUUGUGUAUAUGGGAGAGAAGCAGUACAAGGAUCCAGCUGCUGUCAAGAAGUUACACCACAACAUGCUCUCAGCUCUGCUUGGAAGUAAAGAAGCUGCCAGGGAUUCAAUUCUUUACAGCUAUAAGCAUGGAUUUUCGGGGUUUGCAGCUAGGCUAACGAAAUCCCAAGCAGAAAAGAUUGCAGAAUUUCCAGGUGUUGUCCAAGUGUUUCCUAAUCGCAUCCACAAGCUCCAUACAACUCGAAGCUGGGAUUUUCUUGGACUCCAGCACCAUUUUCGAAAUGAUCUUCUGACGGAGGGGAAAUUUGGGGAUGGAACAAUCAUUGGUGUGAUAGAUUCAGGAGUGUGGCCAGAGUCUGAAAGUUUCAAUGAUGAAGGAAUGGGUCCAAUUCCAUCGCGUUGGAAAGGAACAUGCCAGCACGGAAAGCACUUCAAUGACAGCAAUUGCAAUAAGAAACUCAUCGGAGCUCGCUGGUUCAUUAAGGGUUUAAGGCACAUAUCAAAGAUGCCCAUAAACAUAACUAACGACAUUGAAUUUCUCUCACCGCGGGAUAAAAUGGGUCAUGGAACUCAUACUGCUUCCACAGCAGCUGGCAGGUUUGUGGAGAAAGCAAACUAUAAAGGACUAGCUUCAGGCAUAGCCAGAGGAGGUGCACCACUUGCUCGUUUGGCCAUUUACAAGGUUUGUUGGGCCGUUAAUACUGGAGGAUGCACAGAUGCUGAUAUACUGAAGGCAUUCGACAAAGCCAUAGAUGAUGGAGUAGACAUCAUAUCUGCUUCACUUGGCAACGAAAUGCCUUUGUUUUCUUACGUUGAUCAACGCGAUUCAGUUGGUAUUGGUUCUUUCCAUGCGGUCACAAAGGGCAUCACUGUUGUUGUGGCAGGAGGAAACGAUGGACCUUUCUCACAGACAAUAGCUAACACUGCUCCCUGGCUCAUAACUGUGGCAGCAACCACCAUUGAUAGGGCCUUCCCAAUGGCUAUUACACUCGGAAACAACCAAACUCUUAUGGGUCAAUCUCUUGAUACUGAAAAACAAGUACACGGAUUCACUGGCCUUACAUACUCUGAACGCAUAGCUUUAGACUUGACAGACGAUUCAUCAAUGGAUUGUCAAUUUUGGAGUCUCAACGCAACAUUAGCAGCCGGAAAAGUUGUGCUUUGUUUCUCAAAGUCAGACCAACAGGAUAUGAUUUCUGCAGCGUAUGCUAUAAAUGAAGCAGGAGGGGUUGGACUCAUUUACGCGCAGUUUGGUGACAACCAGCUUGAUUCGUGUCACGCAAUCCCUUGCAUUAGAGUGGAUUAUGAAGUGGGGACACAGAUUCUGUCCUACAUCAGAAAAGCAAGGGUGCCUACUGUGAAGCCGAGUGUCCCAAGGACUGUUAUAGGGGCAUCUGCAUCUCCUCGUGUCGCAUAUUUCUCAUCCAGAGGGCCCAGUUCCAUAACCCCAGGUGUACUAAAGCCGGACAUAGCUGCACCGGGAGUGAGCAUUUUAGCUGCAUAUCCACCACAGGACACAGAACAUAGCAGCGGUUAUGCAUUUGUAUCAGGAACAUCAAUGGCUUGCCCUCAUGUGACUGGAAUAGUAGCUCUCAUCAAAUCUACACACCCCGAUUGGUCUCCUUCAGCCAUAAGAUCAGCCCUCGUCACUACAGCAUCGCAGAAGGGAAAUGAUGGGAUGGACAUAACGGAGGUGGGACCGACAUACAAGGCAGCUGAUCCAUUUGACAUUGGUGGUGGAAAUGUCAAUCCGGUCAGAGCAGUGGAUCCGGGGCUUAUUUACAAUAUUAGUGUACAUGACUAUAUUCAGUAUCUCUGUGCCUUGGGUUACAGCAACAAAUCCAUUACCAGAUUAACCAGGACAAAUCCGAAAUGCAUGAAAAACAACCGAUAUAAACUUAACCUCAACCUGCCUUCUAUCACCAUUCCCAACUUUAAAAAGACAGCAACAGUUUCAAGAAUGGUGACUAAUGUGGGAGAGAUUACUUCAGUGUAUGAAGCACAAGUACAAGAUCCAUAUGGUGUUCAAAUGGUGGUUGAACCUCGAAUUCUGCGGUUCAAUUUGACCACCAAAGUUCUUCCAUUCAAAGUUACCUUCUUGUCAACUCAAAAGAUCCAGGGAGAUUACAGAUUUGGAAGCCUAAUAUGGACCGAUGGAAAGCAUUUAGUAAGAAUUCCCGUAUCGAUACGUGUUAGAGAUUCUCAUUCAUAUCCCGAGGUAUAAACCUGCAGAGAAAAUCAGAUUGCCAAGUAAGUCAUAACAUGGAGGGAGAAACUGGGAAAAUCUACAUGUAUCCGUUAGAAAUGUUACUUGUCACUGCCAAGGGGACCAUUUUAUCAUGCAUGCUUUAAUAAUUCCUAUGAGAAUCUUUUGUAAGCCCCACAAUAAUGUAUCUUUAAUAAUUGCACUAGCUCGUUGGUGUCAA